UUAGGAGUUUUCUCAGGUUUUAGGCUCCUCUCACCUCACCUCUCUUGACUCUUCCACCGGCCGCAUGGGGGUCACUGGUUAUUCAGUGGACACCAUGGGAGUCCGGUCUAACUCCGGCUUCUACCUGAGCCGCAAGCUGGUUACUUUCUUGGUGAUCAUGAUAAGUGCGCUCCUGCUGAUAGUGGCUGUGCUCGGUUCCUUUUAUGCCCGCUGCGGUCACACCUCCCCGCAGCCGCCGGAGAAGCCCGGGACCGCACCGCAGGUCCACCAGCAGCAAAUCCAGGAAGAGAGUCAUGCGGCUCAAACUAGCGCCACCAGAGCCCCCGAAACCUGGCCUGGAACCAAGCCACCCAUCUGGUCCUGGAACCACCUGAGCCAGGCCACUCCUGGGCCCCUGGACCACUGGAAACUGCCCACCUCUGGGCCCCGGGACUACAUUAGCCGGCCCACCUCCGAGCCCCAGGACCACACAACCCCGGCCACUUUGGAGCCUCGGGACAACUUGACCCUGUCCACGUCCGGGCCCCAGCUCUAUCCUACUAAUGAGCCCUGGCGCUAUCCGCGUCUGCCCUCUGACUUGGUGCCGCUGCACUACGACCUGGAGCUCUGGCCUGGCCUGCGACCCGACCGUAUUGAGGAGACUUCGACGCUCUUCAGCGGAAGACUCAACAUCACUGUGCUCUGCGUCUCCCCGACCCCUAGAGUGCUGCUCCACAGCCUCCGCCUAAGUUACAAGAGCGUCGAGGUGCUAGGCCCCUUGCCCGAGGGCCUCCAGGAGGACGAGGAGCAGCGGCCGGUGGGCCAGGUAGCAGUGAACAGAGUGUGGGAGGUCCAGGAGAUGGAGUACGUGGUGCUGGAGCUGAUGGAAACCUUGCAGCCCGGCCGGCACUACGUGCUGCAGUUCAACUACUCGGGCUUGGUGAACCAGGAGAAGGAUGGGCUCUUCGUGAAUUUAUAUUCUGAUCAGAAAGAGCGCAGGGCUCUGAUUUCUUCCCAAAUGGAACCAACAUAUGCCAGGACUGUUUUCCCCAGUUUUGAUGAACCAGCAAUGAAGGCAACCUUCAGUAUCACACUUGUUCACCAUCCUGUUUAUGUGGCUAUUUCCAACAUGCCAGUCAUAGGGAAAUCUGAAAGAGAAGAUAUAGAUGGAAGCAAAUGGACGGUCACGAGAUUUGAAACUACUCCCCUAAUGUCCACAUAUCUAACUGCAUUUGCUGUGUGUGAUUAUAAUUUUGUCAAUGGAACUGAAAGAGGCAAGGAGGUACGAAUUUGGGCUCAGAAAGAUUCAAUUGCUAAUGGACAUGCAGACUAUGCCUUGACUAUUGCAGGGCCUAUCUUCUCACUUAUGGAAGAUUUAUUAAAUAGCAGUUAUCCUCUUCCAAAAAUGGAUCUCAUUGGGCUGCCCUUUUUUAACAACCAAGCCAUGGAAAAUUGGGGACUUAUUGUGUUUGAUGAUUAUAUGCUGUUAGAAAAAAAGAAUGACUACCCAGAGAGAAAAUUCUUCAUUUUGAGCACUGUUGCCCAUGAAAUCGCACAUCAGUGGUUUGGAAACUUAGUUACUGCGAAGUGGUGGAAUGAUAUUUGGCUUAAUGAAGGAUUUGCAACUUAUUUUGAGUUGGAACUGUCUAAACGCCUUGACCCUCAAAUAAUGAAAUUUCAGGACGGAUACUUUUAUGACAAUUAUAUGAGCCAGCUGUUGACAGAAGAUACUGCUCUGAAUUCGCGAACUGUAUCCACCGAGGUCAAAAAUUACACGCAUACAAGUGAAAUAAAAGCACUCUUUGGCAAGUAUGUUUAUUUAAAGGGAGCUUGUUUGGUCCGGAUGCUUUCAAAAUUUCUUGGUGAGAAUCUGUUUUUUAGUGGACUCCAAUCAUAUUUUAAAACAUUUGCAUUCUCAAAUACUGUGCAAGAUGAUCUGUGGAAUCAUUUUCAAAUGGUUGUAGACAACCAGAGCGACGUUCUCUUGCCAGCAUCAGUAAAAAGCAUAAUGGAUGGAUGGACUUAUCAGAGCGGAUAUCCAAUUAUAACAUUAGAUGUAUCUACUGGCGAGAUCACCCAGGAACCAUUUUAUUUUGAUAAAACCCCAAAGACUUCUACCUACAAUAAGCUAUGGACUGUCCCCAUUCAUUGGACAAAAAGUGGAAUUGUACAACCAUUAACCUGGAUAGAAAAUGGCAGCACAGUGAUCCCUGAAAUGCAACUCUCAGAUUCAGAACAUGACUGGGUGGUUUUAAAUUUGAAUGCAAGUGGUUAUUAUAGAGUUAAUUACGAUCAAUUGGGUUGGAAGAAAUUAAGUUUACUGCUUGAAAAAGACCCAAAGGCGAUUACAGCUGCCAACAGGUUGAAGCUACUUGAUGAUGCCUUUAUGUUGUCUCGGGAUAAUUAUAUUGAAAUAGAAACUGCCCUUGACUUAACCAAAUACCUUGCUAAAGAAGAUGACAUCUUAGUGUGGAGUACAGUUUUGAAAAACCUAGUAAUUAGAGGGUUAAUUUUUGAUAUGGAUAACUAUGACAUAUAUCCAUUAUUAAAGAAUUAUUUAUUGAAGAGAUUUACCCUACUAUGGAAUAUUUAUUCAUCUAGAAUUCGUGAAAAUAUCUCAUCAUUAAACAGUGACAAAACCAUUAUACUACCAAUAAAAACUGCAUUUGAAAGAAUAUGUUGGUUGGGACUUGAAGACUGUCUGCAACUGUCCAGAGAAAUUUUCAAAGAGUGGAUGAAUGAUUCAGACAGUAUUAAAAAACCUAAUCUAGUUAAAAAUGAAAUUAUGUGUUUCGGCGUUGCCAUGGGAAGUGAUAGAGAAUGGGACUUCUUGUUGAGCAUCUAUAAGAAGAGCGUCAAUUUAGAAGAAAGAUUCGCAUUACUGCAUGCAAUGAGCUGCAGUAAAGAGCCAUGGAUUCUUCACAGGUAUCUGAAAUAUGCUUUGAGCACAUCUUUGUUCGACGAUGAUGAAAAGAAUGUCUUUCACUAUGUGGCACUCAGUGAUAUUGGCCGGCUUGUAGUAAAGGACUUUUUAAUCAAGAAUUGGCAAGCCGUAAAGGAAAGUUUGGGAUUUGAGUUUUUCUUUACUCUAAUGGAGAUCAUAGGAAGAGGCACAUCCACAGAUUCACAGGUGCAAGAGUUACAGCAAUUUUCCAGUAACAUGCUGGACGAUAUGGAGAGGACUACGCUUUUUAAUCAUCUUGAAACAAGAAAGAUUGAAAAUCUGAAAAAAGCCAAGAAGAUUUCUAGGAUUGCAAACUGGUUAAAGAAAAAUAUGAACGAUUAACCCUUUAAAAUCCCCCAAAUGGUUUGUUUCCAUGUUUAUUAUGCAACAUUUUGUGGUUAACGUGUGACUACACAUUUUAUUAUGUGUCGAGAUGCUCUGCCUUUCCUGUUUUUGGGGAUUUGACAUCCUCGAGGAUAUGUAAAUUAUUUUAUUAACAAAGAAGACUGGAAAGACUGUUGUGCCAUUCAUUGGUGAUUUCAGGGAAGAUUUUCAUUUGCCAUAAACUUGCAAAAUUUUUAAAAAUAUAUUUUUUUAAAAGGCCACCCUUCUUGCUCCCAUCCAAAGAUGUUUUGGAUGUGCAUCUUCUAGCUCAGGAUACAUGACUGAUUUUAUUAAUGAAAACGACAAGAAAAGCCAUUAUUUUAUGCAGUAGUGAUUUCAGGGAAGAAUUUUAUUUGGAAUAAACUUAUAAAAUAUUUUUAAAAGAUAAUUUCUAAAAUGAAUCUAAGACAGUCUGGACUCUUCUUUCUUUAAUUUCACUAGAAUUUUAAAACGCUGGAUUGUCAUUAAUGAAAACUACAUUAUUUUCUGUAGAAAAAUAAAUUACAGUCUC